AUGGACCCUUUAAAUGAUACAACAAGAUAUCUGAUAACCUUGCAACCUUCUCAACCUUCUCUUAUUACUCAUCAUGUAACUCAUAAUCAAGAAAAUCAAUCACCUUUUAAUUCUGUAGCCAUAAAUAAUCAAAGUCCUAUCCAAUCAACUUCUACAUUUAUUAACUUCAAUACACCUAAAUCAACAAACAGAUGGACAACAUCAGAAACUCAAAUGCUUAUUGAAGAAGAUAAAAUUGAAAGCACUGGUGGCGAAGCUAUCCAAAAUGACUGGGAGUUUUUUAAGGACACGGAUAGCUUUUUAAGAAAAGAUCUGAGUAUAGUUGCACCAAUUACAAGUGACUCAAUUUAUGGGAUUAAGCGUAAAGAACAAGAGAAUGCUGAAGAACAAGUCAAAGAGAAUGACUCUAGACAACAAAAAAAAGCAUGUUCUAAGAAAAAAAAACAAAUAUAG